AUGCAUUUCAGGGACAGCAAGAGAAAGGUCGACUACGUGUUAGCCUACCACUACCGAAAGCGCCUUGCUCGGCACACUCCUGGUGUAGGCUCGCCAGAGCCGGUGCGUGGAUCUGCCUCCUUGGCUCUGGUUUCGAACGGAGGGACUCAGAAGGGCCGUGCUGAGCCGCAGCAGCAGGAUGGUGGCCACCAUGCCCUGAUGGAGCGGCUGGGACCACUGGGGGUGGAGGUGAUCGAGCUUGGCCCGCUGGAUGCUCUGGAGGAGGAGAAGCAGCUGCAGCGGGAGGAGUACGAACGCAACCUGGUGGAAGCGGGGCUGGAGAUAGAGAAAGACCCUGAGAAUAAAAGCCAAGGAUUAAGUUUUGUCCGUAUACAUGCACCUUGGCAAGUACUUAGUAGAGAAGCGGAACUCCUAAAAAUAAAAAUGCCCACUAAAAAGAUGUACGAAAUCACAGAAGAAGGGGGAAUACUCAAAACGUUAAAUGAAUUAUGGUGCAAAUUGACUGAACCUCUGCAACCCCAGGUGCCACAACAAAAAAAUACCAACAUGAAAAGCCUGUCUUACCCAUUUUCCAGAGAGAAAAUAUAUUUAUACAACAUUAAAGACAAAGAUACUUUUUUUGAUAAUGCUACCCGCAGUCGAAUAGUACGUGAAAUUUUGAAGCGCACAUCUACAAAGGCCAGGAACAGCAUGG